CAAGUUUAUACAAUCAAAAAUUUACGGGAACAAAAUCUAUAGAAAAGGAUCGAUUUAGUAGGAGUAUGGCAAAAGAAAAGACAGAUAGAGAGAAUGGAAGAGAGGAAAAGAAAGACAGAGACAGAGGGAAGACAGGAAAGAGAGAAAUUAGGAAAAAAUGAAGCAAAUAGGCGGAGAAAGAAAGGAAAAAAUGAAAAAAUAACAGUUAAUAGUAAAAGAGUUGUGGAAAUGAUUAAAUGAUAAAAAGUUUGUGUACGUUUUAUUCAUAAUAGGAAAAGGUAAAUUAGGGAAAAAUUUCAAGCUGGGAAAUAAUUAAAGUUACAUAAAAAGUUACCUAGCCUGUAUAAAACACAACGUCCGGAUGCUGUUAAUGUACAUGAGAAAGUAAAAAGGAGUUUUGUAUAUUUGUCAAUUUCCGCUCUGUAGGUGGCUAAAACAUGGAAAAAAAUAGUAUUUCUUCACAUCACUUUGCUAUAUAAUUAUUUCAGUUUCACAAAUAGUAAAAUACUAUUUAACAUUUGUUUAGAUCUAUUGCCUCAUUUAAUGAUACUAGUUAAAGACAUAACGCCCCCUCCACCCCUCAUAAAACAAGCUACAAAGUGUCCCCGUUUUAAGAGCAAGUGAUGGUGAUUUAUCUUAUUCUCCUCUAAUCAAAAAUUAAAAGAAAUAUUUACAUUGAAUGUUUUAAUUGAACAAUUAACAGAAGUAAAUGAAAGGAGAGAUACACUGAUAAGGUUAAAUUUUUUAACCUGCUAAGCCCCACAUAAUUUUGAAUUAAAUGCAUUUUUUUAAUUGCAGUUUGCUUAUUUUUUUUUUGAUUUUUUCCUAUUUUCUUUUCUUUUUCCUUGGAAGAAUAGAUAAUAAUGAAGAGCUUUAGUUGCGGUUACCUUCUUAUUAUUAUGUUGUCCAUAAUUACGUGGGCUGAAUCGCAUCCUUUGGAUACAUUACAUGUAUUGAAUAGAGAAUUGGAGAGCGCUAAACUACGUUUGGAAAAUACUAUGAAGGAUAUUGAGAAACGGGAUAGUAACGACAAAGAUUAUGGCUGGGGAGGCGGUAGAUGGGGUAAAAGAUCGGCUGAAAAAGUGUAUAGAUACGAAAGAGACGUCGAUCACGUACAGCCAGCUAUCGAUGAUUAAUGUAGUCAGUUUCAAUCUAUAAACACCUCAGAACAAAUAUAAAUAUAAAUAAGAAUAUAAAUAUAAAUGUAAAUGUUAAAGGAAACUUUACUGCUAAAUGUUUUGUGAUGAUGAUGGUUAUUGAAAAAAUACAAAAUUCAGCUUUUAGUAUA